CAAAAUUGGCUUGGGCAUAGUACUGUCAUGCUAAGCAGCCACACCGACAAAGCUAGCACUGACUUUGUUUACUAUAUUCUUUUGAUGCAUCGGCAUGUCCAAGGUCCAAUCUGCAAAAUAUGACGUGAUGUUUGGAAGCCUGCAUGUCAAUGUUUGGUUUUGCAACGAUGUCUUGUUGGACGGAUGAUGGUGCGGUAGUAGACGCUCAUGGCAACACUGGUAAGUUUCAAGCGCAAUCAGGGUGUGAGGUGGACGGCGUUUGAAGCCACCGUGAGAACUUCUCUCACUUUGGUGCUUUGAUGUGCUUUGCCCUUGAGAAAGUGAUCACUGGCCUCAGAUGAAGCUCCAGAGGCCCUCAAGAUCAAAGACCUCAAGCGUUCGUUGGGCUGCAUGUGUGCUGCUAGCGGCGCUAGCACUUGUGGUUUGCGAGUGGCUCCCCAGAAGACUGUUCAAGCCUUUCAGCAUGUGCUUCACACCUUUCAAUUUCGUCCGUUCAUCCAAAUGCCCUGGGGGCACACUGUUUUGUGGUGGCACUCCGGGGGAUUUCGGCUUUGAUCGGCGGAUCCUGUUUCCUUUAAGUGCAUCCCACCCAGAGGCCCGGACCAAAUACAACAAAUCGGAGGAAGACAAUACAACAAAUCGGGGCAGGAGAAGUGCUUGGAACCAAACGAAGUCUAAAGGCUUCAGUGAGAGAAAUGCUGCAGUUCCAUCACCUGUCGGUCGGGUCGAAGAUCAACUUUUCGGACAAGAUGAAAACGAGUCGCAAGCAGAGCCUUCACGCCUGAAAACUGCUUUUGAGUUCACUUCAGAAACUGAAAUCCAGCGGAAGCAGCAAGAGGCUACAGGUGUUUCUGCCAAAGCACAAGAGGUUACAGCUAUUGCAGACUGGCUGCAGGAUCCCAAGUUGCUUGAGACCCUGCGACAGGCACCACGUAGUGCAGAUGCCCGCUUCAAGCUGGCACAGCGAGUGCGAGGCUUGCGAGGCUUGAGGGAGGAAGGCACCACGAACUCCAGUAGCGAAAAGCUCGGAGCCUACGCGGGCCGUCGCUACAGCCAAAAAGUUUCCUGUGCUGCUGCCUUGGAGCUUAUGCGUUUGCUAUGGAGGGGAGCCUUGCGGCUUCCACACGAGCUCGAGCUUGAACUUGCAAAUACCGGUGCCACCUUCCUAGCAAGUUUGGAUAGCGAUCAAGAUUCAGAACUCUCCCUGGACGAGUUUAUUGAAUUUGCUGCAGUCCUUGUCCAGCUCUCGGACACCAGAGUUUCGGAAGUUGCCUCGGAGCUUGACCAAAUGGUGGCAAAGCCGGCUUUUCUCAGCGCUCUUGGGCUAAUUCUACGACAGCUGUCUGACAGCAUUGACAUGUUGAGCGCAGACAUCAGGUACAGCUGCCGGCUGUUGGCCAAGAGCUUUCAAGGCCCUUUGCAAAGCCUUGAGACAUGCUGGCUGAAACGUGCGGCCAGUGAUGCAGUCACAUUGGUACCCUUCACAGCUAUUUGCGCCCUGCCACUUCCAUUUGCCGGCCAUGCUGGCCUUUUCUGGUUGAUUAAAACCACCGCUCCAAAGCUGCUGCCCUCGUGUUUCUCUCCUCUCCGGCUGCAACUAGCACAAGCGCGGCGUGAUGUCAGGAAGCAUCCAGAUUUCAAGGAUUGGAGGCUCUAUGGGGAAGCAUCGGAGGAGCUUGAUGCAGCUGUCGUGGCGAUUUUUCAACAGAAGGAAAGCUCUGCCGCCAGCGGAUCAAUUCGCCAGCUCUUUGAGGAGCUUGAUGAUCAUGGCAUCGGCAGCCUCAAUCAUAGCGCUGUUCUGAGCAUUGUGCAAUCCUUGUGGAGCGGAAGACUCAACCUCCCAAAGCAGGGAAUGGAAGACUUCCGUAUGGAUGCGUCGGCGCUUAUGGUUGUUGUUGACAGACGACGAAGCGGUUCGUUGACGUUGGGUGAGUUCACGGAGUACAUACAAACCCUAGUAGAGGUUGCAAGAACGUACGACGCCAAUCUCCAAGACGGCAAUGGUCAACAAACAAUGCUGAUGCAGGAUGUAUAUGACAGCUUUUUCACUCUCUUGCGAGAUAUACGCUAUGGGAUGUAUGUGUUGAAGAAGCGGUUGCAAAGGCGGCUGAGGCCCCUGGAGCAAGCCAUGCUGAAACGCACGACCCAGGAUGUUUUAUCUAUUUUACCCUAUUUGCUUGUUGCUCGCAUGAAACUCUUGACUCCUGCACUGAAGAUCCUUUUGUGCAUGAUUCUUUGGAAGAAUGUGCCGGCACUGAGCCCUUCAGCUUCAACGAAGCCCAGAAGACGUUUUGCACGGGCGUGGGCUUCAAUUGCAGUCAAGCAGCGAACACGUGCCCUAGCUGGUUGGGAGCGUCGACACUAUGAUGGAGCAGGUGAAGUGAUGGAUUCGAUGCCAAAUGAAGAGACACGAAGAUUGGCACUCGAGAACUUGUUCACGAACUUUGAUGAGGGCAGCGGCACGCUUACCUAUGGCCAAGUGUUUGCCAUUGCGAAGCCCAUCAUGGAAAAGUAUUCGCUUGAUGUGUUGGAUGCUUUGGGUCUUGUCAUUCAGAUAGCUUCAGAUACAGAUGGCGCCGUCACCAAAUCGGAAUUUGUGGAGUUUAUGUCAUCCUUGGAGGAAAUGCCUGUUUUCGCCAAAAACAACACGGCCACUCUGAGCGAGCCACUUGCAACAAGAUUGAAGAGAUUGAGCUUUGAAAAAGUGAAGGAUGGAGUGAAGAAGGAGGUGCGAGAAUUGGUGGACAGCGUCUCUAUGGUCAGCCAAGAUUUGUCAUAUUCAGCCGCACUUCUCCGCAGCCCAAGUCCGGAAGGGAUGACAAGGUUCUCUGAAACCGAAAGCGCGUGGCUAUGGCGGACCUUGAAGGACAUGCUUCUCUUCUUGCCAGUCGGUGCCAUUAUAGUCGCCCCGCUGACACCUGUUGGCACUGCCAUCGUCAUCGCAAUCUUCAAACGCUUGGUUCCUUCAUUAGUCCCGUCCUCGUUCCGCAGACCACGCUUGAAUUUGAUGAGUGCCCGCAGGACAGCUCAGCCAGAGAAAGCUGUGGAAGAAAAUGCCCGGCGCCGACAGUGUUCAAUUCUGAGAGCAAACCACUUAAUGACUUAAUGCCAGAUGUUCUUGUAAAUCGCAUGGUGAAUAUUGACCUCAGACACUUGUUGGUUGAAAUAGUAUAUAUAUAUAUUAAUAUAUA